AUGGCCGACCCCUUGAGCAUUGCCGCAAGUAUUGCGGGACUCCUCUCACUCGCGGACAUUGUCUUUCUGCGCUUGUCCAAGUAUAUCAGGUCGGCCAAGAAUGCCGAAAAAGAGAUCAGCGAUCUCCGCGAAGAAGUCAAUCUGGUUGGGGGAACUAUCAACAUGUUGUCGCGAUUGGCAACCGCCCUAGAAGCGGAGGACGAAUCUCCCAUUGAGAGUUUCCGGAUGCACCACAUUGACGGUUGUGCAGCAAUCCUAUCCGAAAUUGUUAACAAGACGAAGAAGUACGAGGAUAAAUCAGGAGGAAAACUCAAACGACUCAUAUGGCCGUACACGUCUUCGAAAACGAAGGAGAUGCUUGCAGAUCUCUCUCGACAUAAGGAAAACAUGAACCUUGCAUUAUCAGCCACUUCAUUGGAGACGUUACUGCGUUAUCUCGCAAAGGAGGAAGAGAGAGACCGAACGACAGCUCAAAUACGAGCCGAUGUUCAGAAAAUCAAAAAGAUUGCGGUACGGAUUCAAGAGGAUAUCGAGCGACGACGAAUCCUGCAAUUCUUCCUGGAAUACAAUCCGCAGUCAAACUACGAUAUGAGCGUAAAGCUACGGCACCCAAGAACUGGCUUGUGGCUUGAACGUCAUUCGUCCUUUCAGCAAUGGCUUAGAAAUCAAGGGUCCCGACUUUGGCUGAGCGGCAUUCCCGGCGCAGGGAAAACGGUGCUCGCAGGCUUAAUCAUUGGCCAUGCCCUCGCGAGAAGCUCGGAUACCGUUGCUGUAGGCUUUUUCUUCUGCGAUUACAAGAAUGAGGCGACGCAAAGCCCUGUCAGCAUUCUUGGGGGCUUGGCAAACCAAUUAGCGAGACAGAGUGAGGAAGCGUGUUCGAUGCUCGAAGAGUAUUACUCUGAACUCCACCCUGAGAGAGGACUGCCUCGACCUGCCAACUCCGAAGACCUAGAGCGGAUUAUCAUCAGAAUGUCUCAAGUCUUUGAACAUACGUACCUGGUGGUUGACGGCCUCGAUGAAUGCGGAGACCACGCAGAGGAGAUCGUGGAGGCACUUUGCAGCAUUGCAGAAAACUCGGACAUAUCGAUGGCGCAUUCACAACAGGAAGCUGGUAUUCGAGGAUCUCUCUCUCAAAGCAGAGGUUCUGGAAAGCCUCGUGGCCGGGGCACACGGAAUGUAAGCAUGAUCUACCUCAAUAUGGAUAAGGCGAAUAUUUGGCUCACUUGGAUCUUAUCUAGGUUCCGCUGGGUUGCUUGUCAACUGGAUCACCUCGGAUACUGCAUGUCAGACGAGCAAUGUCGAGAGGCCCUGCGUAGUCUUCCACCUGACCUCCCAGAAACUUAUAUGCGCAUCUUGAGAAGAGUUCCCGAAGCAAAACGAGAAUUCGUUCAGAUGACACUGCAUUUCAUCGCUUAUCCUGAGCCAGCCCUUGACACUGCGCAGUUAAGAGAGAUUCUUUCAAUACCAUCAACUAGCCGGCAUCUAAGCCCAUCUGGCAUCAUAAGGGAAGACGCAAUUGCCAGGUAUUGCAGCAGUCUGAUUCGGAAGUCAAAUGACGGAAACUUCUUCGAAUUCGCUCAUUUUUCGGUCCAGGAAUUUUUGACCAGUAACAUCUUACAGUCAUCCGAUUUAGGGAUGUUUUACAUUACCGAAUCCCAUUGCAACAAACUCCUAGCAGUGCGAUGCUUGGAAUAUCUUCAGCUCGACAAUUUCAAUCACCUGCCAACCGCAACAAGUGAGGAACUCGCCUACAUGGAACAAAGAGACGAUGAAUAUCGUCUCUACGACUAUGUUGCGACAUAUUGGUUAUGUUCCGCUAGAGAAGAAUGGACACAUCCCGAGUUACUAGCCGAGGCGAAACGGCUCUUCGAUCCGCAGAAAACCACACAUUUCACGUCGUGGGUAGUGACUUUAGUCUUCAAGAUCUGGUCUCAAGCUCUUUUUGAAUCCAGUCAGGAAAACUUUAAUGUGAUUGCAGUUGAUUUGAUAGCGGAAAUCAUUCACGACAGCUUCCGACCACUGCACUUCGCGGCGACUAUGUCACUAUCAGAAAUCAGUUCAUUACUACUACAGACUCCGGAUCAUCACGAAACCGAAUGCAUGCUUGGAACUCCACUUGAGUGUGCUGUAAAGUGUCUUUACGGGGCUAUCGAGCACUUCCAGAUCGACGACUACACAGGUGUCAGCUUGCCGGCGUGGCUUCAACGCUUCACGGAAACGGACGAUUUUGAAAUGUAUCAUACUAUCGAGACCGUAAAACUGUUUCUGAGCAUGGAUCUCCAACCACCAGAGGAUCUUUUAGGUGCUUCCCUGCGUGUCGGAAUCAACAUACGCAACAUGUCGGUCGCUCAGCUACUCGUUGACGAAGGUCUUGUUCCCACUCAAAGCGACUUAGACUAUUUCAAAACAGCCAUGAAUACGAUAAUGGAUGACGACGGAGAUUUCUGGCCCGAGAAAGGUCUACCAUCACUAUACAAGUUCUGCGAAGCGCUUAGCUCUCGAAUUGAUACUUCGCCCUUGCAUUUUGAGUUUUGUCAGUCGGUGUGGGAUUAUUGCCUGCGAAUUGCCCCAAGCCUCAUUGAUCUCAAAGGUUACAACAUCAGUUCGAAAGUUACUCAUGAUGUACGUAGCCUGAAGACGUUGGCAUUUGAUGCGGUUCGCUGGAGCUUCGACAUCGCUGUGUUGCAAGGAGUAGUUGAUGAUCCACGAGUGGACGUUUCAUCCAUUCUAAGCCCUGGUCAGGAAGAUGGGCUAUUGCAUGCACUGGUCCGAGAAGGGUUUGGUUAA